GAACCAAACGCCCCUUACAAAGAGUCGAAGGUGUUUGAAGUUCUUAGGAAUUCUUUGUAGUCCAGAAUGCGGAAGAUGAGAGCAAUGCAAGCAAUUAUUAAGAAUCGGGAAGCCAUGAAAGCCAAAGGUUACGAUUUGCUCAAAGUUUUGCAGUCUGAGAUCACCCACGAGCUGUCUUCUCCCUGCUUUCAAAAUUAUCAAACUGGUUCCCCUGGAGAUUUCACAGUGGAAUGGGAUACUCCGAAUUCCUGUGACAUAGUAUUGCGAAAGAAAUGUGAUACUGGUGAGGAAGUUGCUGUUUCCGCUUUACUUGGACCACCAGAUAAUGCAAGAGAUGGUACAUACCCAAGGGGUGUUCACAUGAAAGUGUGCAUAAAAAAGCCUGGCUUAAGUUCUCUCCUGCAUUUUGGCUGCGAAGUUACCAAUACAAGUCAUACUGGCCCAGAAUUCUGCAUCUAUAGCGCAGAUUAUCUCAGAUCAACAAGUUCUACUGGUCCUAGAUUUUACAAGGGCCCCUUAUUAUUUAGUGAUCUAGACCCCGGUCUGCAAGAUGCGUUCAAAGACUAUUUAGAAAGCAAGGGUAUUGGAGAAAGCCUAAUGAAUUUCCUUCUAAUCCACAUGCACAAAAAAGAAGAAAAUCAGUAUGUCAACUGGCUGCAGAAACUUCAAGGAAUGGUAUCGCAAGGUGAUUGAGAAUGGUGUUCUGACGUCGUUCCUUCCUCAGAUGUUAGCAUGAAGAUCCACAGAUGGAUAUACAGCAGGAUUGUCUUCGGUGACCUGGUUAGAAAUAGAAAUCAUGGUCUAGUCAUUGCUUCGUUGUAAGAUAACAUGAAUUAGCUGUCUCAUAUGCUUACAAGAAGUUUCAAAGAAAACUCGACUUACUGCUAAAUAUUCAAUUCUGAGCACGUUGAUUCCAUUCAGGAGGAACUUGUCAUGAAAAGUUUAUGGUAGUCGUUCACAUUAUUUUUUUGAA